AUGACCAGCCAAAAGCGCAUCUCCAAGGAGCUGGCCGACUGCAUGGCCAACCCGCCCGCGGGGAUGAAGAUCGAGCUCGCCAACGAGUCCGACAUCCACAAGUGGCACAUCACGCUCGCCGGGCCGCCCAGCACCGUCUACGCGGGGGGUACCUUUGGCCUCGUCGUCAGCCUGCCCGCCGACUACCCCUUCAAGCCGCCGCUCGUCACCUUCGCCACGCGCAUCUACCACCCCAACGUCACCAACGACAGCCUCGGCAACAUCUGCCUCGGCGCCCUCAAGCCCGAGAACUGGAAGCCCGCCAGCCGCCUGCUCGGCGUGCUCGAGGCCGUGCGCGGCCUGCUGAUCGAGCCCCAGCCCGACGACCCCCUCGAGGCCCGCAUCGCCGACGAGUACAAGAACAAGCGCGCGGACUUUGACAAGACGGCGCGCAACUACGUCUCGCGCUACGCCAAGGGCGCGGUCAAGUUCGAUGCGCUUGCUGCGUCGGCGGCCAAGGAGGCGGCGGCAGCGAGCUCCAGCUGA